UACUUCUACUUUCCUCUGCCUUACAAAGCCUGGCACAUCGAGGCAGCUGGUCAGUCCACAGUAGCUGCCACUCCUUGCCAGCCUGGUCCUCCAGCUAAUGGGCCAUAGCCUUUGAAGGCAUGAGUGGAGAUCUCCCUGAGGCCAAUGAGGAGUGGCGCUGGUCUUCCCAGCCACCCUUGUCUCUCCCCAAGGAGAGCUGUGAAGGCAAGAUGCCAGAGACAUCCUCGGAGGAGCUGUCUCCUAAUCCUGACCGGAAAGCUGAGACUUCCCCACCUCCAGAAAUGGAUCCCAAAGACAACUCGAAGGGCAAGGGCAAAGGGGACUCUGGUGCCAAAGGUGGGCAGCAAGGCUCUGUUCCCAAGUGGUACAAGAUGAAAGGUGAGGAUCUCCAAGGCAACUGGAGUGAUCUGGCGAAGAUUGAACAGAAGGUGGAUACUCUGCUAGAGAAGAUGGAUCUGUAUAACAAGGAGGGUGGACCCCCGCCACAGGCUGCUGAGGAGGCGAAGAAGAUCCCACAGCCGCCGCAGCCCCAGCCACCCCAGCCACAGCAGCCGCAGCAGCCCCCUCCAGUGCCGCCACUGCCAACCCGGCAGGAGCAGGCGCUGCCCCAGCAGCAGCACCACGGUGGCAAAGGCCAGAAGAAGUUCAAGGGGUAUAUUAAGGGGGCUCCCACUGAGGUUGGUGGAGGAGGCAGUGGUGGUGGUGUGUGGGAAAGUUUGCUUAGAGGGGUGGAGCCUGGACCAGAGGGAUGCUGCAGAUCAAGGCCUGGAGGACCUGCGGGGUGGUUCCAGGAAGAGGCAGUGGCAGCAGCAGCUGCAGGGGCCCCCUCCCCAUGA